GCAGCCGCCCCGUUAGCUCUCUCAUUAGACGUUUACAUCUGCUCAGCACAACUACAACGCACCGUGCGUCAGUAGCAACAGUCCGCGAGUAAUAACAACAAACAGUUUUCGAUUUUUCGAGAAAAAAAACCAACAACGAUUUUAUUAAGUAUAAUGGGUGUUUCGUUAAAGUUCGGUUUAGUGUUGUCGGCGUGCGUGUGUCUGGCGUUAGCCGACCCGAUCCCGGCCGCCCACCAACAGGAAGAUGGAUGUGCGAACAAGGACUCGAUCGCGUGCGCGCAAAUGCAACUCUUCAGGACCGUCCGGUCGUUCUUCGACCAAGACAAAGUGGAACUUUUGGGAGGCUUGUCUCUGGUCAAGAGCGAGAAGAAGGGCAGGUCCCUGACCGAGAACUCCGACGAUGUCAACGCCAUCGAAGGUGCCAAGGACGCUAACCAACGUGAAACCGCCCUCGAAGACUUCACCAUGCACAAGGUAAUGCGAUUCUUCCAAGAACGGUCUUUGCACUGGAAUCUUUCGCCAGUCGUCACCGAAGUCACCGAAACCGCCCGCAGCGUGGUCGACCAGAUCCCACCUCAGAUCAAGACCAAAAUCUCCAACUUCAUCGAAGAAGGCCGUGGCAAGAAGAAGAAGAUGAUGAAACAUUUGUUGCCGUUGUUGAUCGCUUUGAAAAUGAAAUUGGUUGCUUUCGCCGGUCUUGCUUACAUUGUCAUCGCCUUGAUCGCCAAGAAGGCUUUGUUGGCCAGUUUAAUCUCUCUGCUCGUUUCCGGAUUCAUCGGAAUCAAGAAAUUGUUGUCUCACCACCACCCUCACCAUGAAGUGAUCGAAUCCCACCACGGACACUCGAGUUACGGUGGUAGCCCAGCAGCUUACAGCGGAUCCAGCUCCGGAUGGGACAGCUACGGAUCCGGUGGACAUGACGCUCAUGGAUCUUACUCCAACAACGUUGCCCAGACAAUGGCUUACGGUGCCCAGAAACCCGCUGCCAGAUAGAGAUGACGACGUGAACGGCAAGCCGAAUACUUGUAUAUACACCAUUUGUGCAUAGUCUUGCCUAUCAAAACACAGCAAACACAACAGCAGCCACAAAAAUGAAAAGCAAAACAUUUAUUUAUUUAUUUUUAUUAAAUUAUUAAUCCGAGCGGCGCACCACACUAGGCAGACACGCCGACGACAGAACAAACACAUUCAACGUUCAAUAUCCGUCGACGGUCCGGCCGAGUGUAACUACGACAUAUGUAAUAUUUAGGGACAUGCGACUGACUGUGACUAUACUAUAUACUUUUACUGACGCGUUCAAUUUGUUUUUAAUUGAUAUAACUUAUUGCACUUAUUUAUUUAUAUAUAUAUAUAUAUAUAUAUAUACAAUAAUAUAAAACCGUAGGUUAACAUUGACCGACAAACCCCUCCCCUCGUUGGAUCGCGAUAUCCACUCGACUGACGCGCGUUGACUGUAAACGUAUUUACCAUUGUUUUCAGUAAAUUAAAUUAAAAAAAAAAUACAAUAUUAUAAUAUACUUUUUUGUUUAUCAUUACUUUAUAUACGUGACAUAACAUACACACAUUGUUUUUUUUAAAUAUUUUUUAUUUGAUUGUGCCAAAGACAAACCAGUAGGACUCGACUGACUUUACACCACACUCGUUAGCAACAAUCAUGAUGAGACUCGUGUGCAAUCGUUUCGAUUGCACUUUGACUACUCAAACACACAUACUUACACUCACAUACUACCUUUGACCCGACUCGAACGACAAACAUGACAGAACUAACGACACGAACGACAUAGUGUAACGUUGACAUAUUGACUAAACCGACUCGAACAAAAAUCUGACCAACCGUAGUCGUAUCGGAUGACAACGCAUUAAUUUAUUUUUUAUUUAUAAGUACAUAUAGAUAUAUUUACUUCAGUAAUUAUUAUAUUUAUUAUAUCAUAUGUGUAUGUAAACCAUAUUAAAAAAAAAACAAUAUUUAUACGUAAUAUUUUUCAUGAAUAAACGCAUUUAUACAUGUUAUUGCCAAAGAUAAGGACAAUACAAAAAUUA